CUCACUACUUUUGACUAAAUACUUUUACCAGCAAAUUAAGAGAUGUCUGGGUAUAAAAGAGCCGGAGUGGGACGGGCCUGAACCAACACAGCUCCACAACUCUACCCCCUCCACAGGCACCGCCACCAGCCGAACCUCUGCAGAAUGGGCCGGAUCAUUUUCUAUGAGGACAAGAACUUCCAGGGCCGUCGGUACGAGUGCGACAGCGACUGUUCAGACUUCCAUACCUAUCUGAACCGAUGUAACUCCAUCCGCGUGGAGAGUGGGGCCUGGGUGGUCUACGAGAGGCCCAACUUCACGGGCUACCAGUAUGUUCUGACCCGGGGCGAGUAUCCGGAUUACCAGCGCUGGAUGGGUCUGAACGACCGCCUCUGCUCCUGCAAGAUGGUCCACUUCGUGAGCGGUUCUGAGUACAAGAUCCAACUCUACGACAAGGGAGAUUUCACGGGCCAGGUGUACGAGUCCACCGAGGAUUGUCCAUCCGUGGUGGAGCGCUUUCGGACACGCGAGGUCCACUCCUGUAAGGUGCUAGAUGGGAUCUGGAUCUUCUACGAGCACCCAAACUACAGGGGGCGCCAGUACCUACUGGAGAAGGGGGAGUACCGUAAACCUGUGGACUGGGGCGCUGUCUGCCCCACGGUUCAGUCCUUCAAACGCCUGACGGAGUGACGUCUGACUUGUAAAUCCAUCCAUCUGCAGUCCUCCUUUACCUCCAAAACGCCCAACCACAAC